AUGACAAAACAGAAAUUCUAUUGCGAUUAUUGCGAUGUUUUCCUUACACACAAUUCAGCUGCAGUUAGAAAAGCUCACAAUUCUGGUAGAAACCAUCUAAUAAACGUAAAAGAUUACUAUGCUUCCCUCGGUCACGACAAAGCACAAUUCAUCAUCGACGAAAUCUGCAGGAUACAUGAAUCUGGAUUAGCUAGACCACCACCAACGCUUAACAAAUUCAAUGGUCCAGCUGGUUUAACUGCACCUCCAAUGAUGCGUCCACCACCUCCAGGUCAGUAUUUAUAUUGGUAUACUAGCAAAUCUUUCUAA